UUUUAUCUUAUGUUUAAGUGCAUGCGGUAUUAGUAACAAAAAUUUAAACCAUAUCGAUAUUACACUAUUUUGUUAAAACUUCAAUCGAUCAUAGCGACUUAAUGGUGCUUAACAUGCCGAGUGAGUGGAACAUUGAUAUUUAAAAUAAUAACAAAACUACAUUAAGCAAUCUGGACGAAAUUAACGCGUAUUUUUAUAUUUGUGUGCUUGAUAUAUGCUUGCACAACACAACUGUAAGAAAUUAAAACACCAUGGGAGCAAGUAAUGGCAAGGAAGAAAACAGCGACAAUAGUGGACCUAGCAAUUGUGAGCCAUGUCGAGUUGGUGAAGUUAAAAGAGAAGCUGAAGCGUUUUGUGUUCCAUGUGCAGAGUUUCUUUGUGUAGAAUGCGCACGUGAUCAUCGUAAAAAUAAGCUUACAAGAAACCAUGUAGUGUUAAAUGGAAAGGACAUGCCAGAUGAUUCAAGCGUUUUCAAAACUAUGAAAUCAAUGGUUUCUUGCCAGGAUCAUCCCGGAGAAGAGGUCUCUUAUAAAUGUAAGACACAUUCGAUUUUUGUCUGUCACAAAUGCUUCGCUGUGAAUCAUAGGAACUGCGAUGAAAUAACGGAGUUAAAUAGUGCGGCAAACGUCCACGAAAAUGAAUAUACGAGAACAGUUCUCUUGGAUAAGCUGAAAACUGUUCAUGACAUGACAAUUUCAACGAAACUGAGUAAGGAGGAAAACCUUAUGUUGCUUUUGGAAAAACAGAGACUACUGAAGCAAAAGAGAGACCGUUUUAUUAAACAUUUAAAUGAAAUUAGUGAGCAGCUAGAAAAAGAAACAGAAAAUCUUGUUCUGAAGGAAACCGAAGUCUUAGAAAAAGACAUCGAUGCAUGCAAAGAUAUAGAAAAAGAAGAAACACUAAAUCAGGAACUUGUUGAUAAUGUUGUAAGAUCUGAAAGCUCUGUUUGGUUAAAAGUUGUUUGUGAUUUAGUAGAUAAGGAAGUUGACCUAUUGAAAGACAAAACCAAUGAGCUACGCAAGAAAGAAACUGUUUCUUUACAGUUUAAACCAAAUCCAUACUUUCAGACAUUGAAAAAGAUACCUUCGAUUGGCGAUGUUCAAAUGAUACAAGGAGAGGCUCAACUUGAGUCUGAAAAUAAAUUUAAUUUAGAAGUAUCAAGUGAUGCAGUAGAAAUGUGACAGAUGAUGAAUCAUAAAAGAUAAAACCGUUGUUCACAUAAAAAAUACAAAACAGAAAAACAAUAUCAUCAAAUAUAUAUACACCAUUUUCUUUAUUAGGCGCUCGUAGAAUGUUAAGAUGCGAAUAGAUUCAGCCUAGAUAAACCUUGUUACUGUUCGACUGAUUUAAGUGGAACAGAGUGUCAUUUUAAACCAAACCUACUUUCUUGCCGAAGUGUGUGCGGAUUUAUGAAAGAUUCUUUUGGAGAUAAUUUCUCUCGAAAUGUCUACAGAACGCGAUGAUCUAUGAAAGAAAAUCACCACUUUUAAUUUGCGUGAAACCAUGUUACCGAUAUGAAUUUAAUGAUAAAUGUAUCUUAUGUACCUAUAAUUAUUUAUGUGAAUUAAAAGAAAACGAUAAAGUGGAGAUAUGAUGUGAUCAUGAUAUGAUAUGUUAUAUGUCAGUUGAUAGUAUGAAGUAUGACAAAUUAUCAGUUAUUAAGAUGUUCGUCUUUGUUCUUUACAUAAUAUUUCAUUGUGUUUCGCUCACAGACACUUGGGAUUUGGACCCCCACAUACCCCAUUCUCCUCCGCCACUGGUUAAGUUCGGCCAAUUUUUUUAGCAUUUUACCAUGUAUUGAGCAUAUGUGACGAUCAUAAAACGCAUUUUGUAACAUUUCAGCGUGUUUAAAAAAAAUGUAUUUUUUACCAUCAAUGCUCUCAAUAUUACAAGAUGUGAAACCACUGGCGCCAGACCAGAAAGAAAAUGCCUCUGUAGAUGUUAUACCCUACCCCUAGGUAUUCUGAACCAUGGUCAUGAAGGGGAAAAUAUACUAACCCGUUUUAGUCGCACAUUUCAUACCUAAAACACGCAGUUUGGUAAAUGUGUACUAUGGAUAUCAAACAAGUGGUAAUUUAUCUUCCAUUGUGUACCGGUCACAUUUCUUCAAUACUUCUUAUCUUAGAAAAACAGCGCGUAGUUUACAGCCUUUUCAACGUUUCACAAAAAAACUUGCUCGAACUUCCCUGAUGAAGUUCCGUUCUAGAUUACAAAAUAUUCUGAUUGGCUGUUGUGAAAAUGUAUGUCAAGCGUCAUUUUACUACACGUGUUCGCUAAAAUGUGAAAAUGCAGUAUAAAUGUGGAAAAUGAAUAAAAUAAACAGAACAGAUGUAGACCAAUGUAUGAUUUCAAAUUAAAUAUCAUAUACAAGAUGAAUUUCAUUCAUCAUUUCGAGUUUUGGUGUAAAAUUGUCAAUUUUUUAAAUUCUGUUUUUGUUUGUUUACAUUUUGCCUAACAUGUGCACACCGCCGUGACCUCUAGACCGGAUGUUCAUUAGGGAAGGUGACGCAAGUUUUUUCUGUAACGUUGACGAAAGCGUAAAAUAUGUUGAUUAUCUCAGAAAUAUGGAAUAUUGAGACAAUGUGACUGGUGCACGAUGGAAGAUAAAUUAUCGCUUGUUCAAUAUACUAUGUACCCAUGCACCGAACUGCACGUUUAAGCUGAGAAAGGUACGAUUGAAACGAGUCAGUAUAUUUUCCCGUUCAUAACCAUGGUUCUUAUAGAAUACCUAGGGGUGGGGUAUAACAUGUACAGAGGCAUUUUUUCUGGUCUGGCGCCAGUGUGUGAAACACCGCACGAACAAUGGAAACACUUGCUUGCGCUGGACCCUCGCUUUGUGUAGCGCAUGUCAUAAACUGGGUACCAAAAUUAAUACUCUUACGACCAUGUUAAACCAGAUUAUCACUUCUUUAUGUAAACAAACCUCGUGUAACAUGUACUGAAGAGAUAGUCCGGUAUAAUGUAGUCAAAACGGUAUUAAUUUUGGUACUCGGCAACGAUAUGCACAGUUCAAAGCAGGGAUCAAUUCGCAAGGAAGUGUUCCAUAGAAUUUCGAUUGAUUGAUUGAUUUAUUGUUCCUUCUCUUGAGAAGGAAUAUCUUAAUUCGGUAAGUCACACUUGACUGAGCUACUGAUAUCGAAAUCUGUUGUACUUGUAAUUACAAGCUGGCCAAUUAAACUCGGUGACCUUAGAAAUAACCUCUGACGUUAAACUAUUCUUUCUCAAUUGAGGCGAUUCUCUGACUGAACGCGUUCCAUGGAUUACAUAAUACUAAACCCGAGGAUGAGUGAUUGAUUCUUUUAUUUCCUCCAUUCUUGAAGAACAUGACAGAUGUACAUUCAGUCGACCAGAUAGACAUAUAUCAGCAAAUUUAAAUGUAAACACCCAAAUAUUAUCGUUACCUUCAAAUGCAUGGUUAAUAUUUGAAAACAAACCCCAUUGCGACCCUCUAAUUAUGCGCAUCAAAUUCACACAUCGAAUCAUAAUGGACUGACCGGGUCAAUGUCUUAUUGCCGUAUUUACUCUACUGAAAGUGGUAACAGAUUUAAUUUGUUGUUGGAUUUAACAAUUUAUGUUAAAUAACUAGCGUAAUUACUUACCUGACAGUUUUGGGCAGUAUAAAACAGACAUUGCAACCAAAAUUUUACAAGAUGAUCAUUUUAUAUUUAUAUAGAUGGGCGCCUAUAGAUGUGCCGUAGAAGGAACUUUUGCUAUGCUUUAACUUGUAAUAUUUAUUGAUUUCUUAUCGGAAUACAAAUAACAGUUGUCGGGACCGGUGUCAUUUGAGAGAAUGGUAACAGACCCGUCGAUUAAUACCAGUGUUUCAUUGGUAGGGGUUUAUUUAAAAGUUUAAUUGGCAGUUGUUUUCCUAGUGUUCGUGCGAUGUUUCAAAUCUUGUAAUAUUGAGAGCAUUGAUAAUAUGCUAAAAAAUAUUGGCUAAACUUAACCAGUUGCGGAGGAGAAUGGGGUGUGUGGGUCCGAACCCCAUGUGUCUGUGGUUUCGCUUUGUAUUUGUGUCAGGUAUUGCUAACAAACCGUAUCUAUAUUUUACUGCUUUAGGUUUGUUUAACAAAAACAUUUAUAAAUUCAUAAAUACGUGGAAUGUGAAAAGUGUAAGAUAUAUAUCAUUUAUGUAGCAUAUACAAAUAAAAACAUAUCGUUGGGUUAGAGCCAUAAGUGAAUAUCUGACAUUUUUUUCAGUUUUCACUAUUUUUCAUAUUUCAUUUUGUCUUGUAUUAUAUUUUAUUAUCUCAAAAUUUUAGGGUCAUAUUUUAAGUACUUUUUUAGAUAUCUACCAAGUUAAUGCGUAUGUCACAAAAUCUUGCGGGCCAGAUAUGAAUAAACACACUAUGUACCCGAAUAAUCCUAACUCUGUUCAGCGACCCUAACUCAGUGCCAACAUGGCUGACAGAAAGACGAUGUAAGUAGUUAAUUUCCUUGUCUUUUUUCAUGUUUUUAUGUAAGUAUGCAAUGUUAGCCUAAAACUUUUGAUAGCCAUAAUAUCCUGUAUUGAUAACAUGUUUUAUGUACUAAAUAUUUCAAUCGACAAGUCACAUUAUGUGGCUGGAAUUCAUUAAAAUGUACUAAAAGAA